AUGAACGGAGUGGUGGCCGCACUGGAAGAAAUGCCGCCGGUGACGCGGUUCUACACUGGAGCAUGCGUACUCCUGACAACCGCUGUGCACCUCGAGUUCGUGACACCAUUCCAUCUGUACUUUAACUGGGAACUCAUCGUCCGAAAAUAUCAAUUCUGGCGUCUCAUCACCUCAUUCUGUUUCUUCGGAUCAUUCGGCUUCUCAUUUUUAUUCAAUAUGAUAUUCACUUAUCGAUACUGUAUGAUGUUGGAGGAGGGAUCUUUCAGAGGAAGACGCGCUGAUUUCGUCUAUAUGUUCCUGUUUGGUGGAGUCUUAAUGAUUCUCUCUGGAAUAUUCGUCCAGGUGCUCUUCCUCGGUCAGGCGUUCACAAUCAUGCUGGUCUACAUCUGGAGUCGUCGAAAUCCGAAUAUUCAGAUGAAUUUCUUCGGUGUCCUCACGUUCACUGCCCCCUAUCUCCCAUGGGUUCUUCUCCUUUUCUCACUUCUUCUUGGAAAUAACGCUGUCGUCGAUUUUAUGGGAAUCGCGUGUGGUCACAUCUACUUCUUCCUCGAAGACGUCUUCCCAUUCCAAGAGCACGGUCGUCGAUUCCUGAAGACUCCCCAAUGGUUGUGUUAUCUUUUUGACGAGAGACGUCCGGAACCACUGGCCGAAGACGAGAGACCCGGCGGAUUCGAGUGGGGAAUCGAGGACGCCGAGGGGGCGGAGCCACAGAAUAAUUAG